AUGUCUUCGCUACGUAAUGCUGUUCCGAGGCCUGCUCAUAAGGAGCGUUCUCAACCGCAAGCGAGGAAGAAGUUUGGGCUCCUCGAGAAGCAUAAGGACUAUGUCAUCCGAGCUAAAGCUUACCACCAAAAGGAAGAUAUUAAAAAGAAACUUAAGCAGAAGGCAGCAUUCAAGAAUCCAGAUGAAUUCUACUUUAAGAUGAUCAAUAGUAAAACUGUUGACAGAGUUCAUAGACCAAAGGAAGAGAUAAACAAGUACAGUGCAGAAGAGCUCUUGAUAAUGAAGACCCAAGAUAUUGGAUAUGUCUUCCAAAAGUGGCAAAGUGAGAAAAACAAAAUAGACAAGCUUGCUGCAUCACUGCAAUGUACUGAGGACCAGCCAAGCAGUAGACAUGUGUACUUUGCAGAAGACAGGGAGGAAGCUAGAGAACUGGAGUUACAAGCUAGAAGCAAAAGUGAUAUCUCCGCAAUAGCGAUUCCUAAAGAUAUUAAAAAGAAAAUGGAUAGAUCAUACAGAGAUCUCGGGGCAAGGAAGAGCAGGGCAAAAGUUUUGGAGAAAUUGUACAUGGAUAUGUCAAUGCAGAAAGAACUACAGAAAAAGGGUCAGAAACGUAAGCUACGUGAAGAUGAGAUACUAAACCCAAAUGGCAAACCGGUUUACCAAUGGAAGGCAGAUCGUAAACGCUGAAGUAAAAAAACUUUCAUGGUUGUGUAGUAGCUUCACAUCAUGUUUCUCUGAUCUCUACCAAAGUUAGUUAUAUAACAGAGUUUUACUUUAGUUUUUUCGUCUCCAGAACUUGAAAUGAAAAUCUUUGGAUGGGACAUGGUUGUUGUGUUUAGCUCUUUGAAACAUCUGGAGCUAAUGCAGUUGAGAAACAUCCAAAGAUUCAGACCAUUAAUGAUGUAUUCCUUUAAAUAG